UUGCAAUUUUUUAUCUGCAAGCAGAUAGCGAGCAUGUCUCUGCCCUCCUGGUUCUUCUGUUGCUUUGGCUGCAUAGCUGUCGAAGACUUGCAGAAUGCCUCUGGACCAGCGUGUUUUCCAAUGGUGUCAUUCAUAUCGUGCAGUAUGGGUUUGGACUUGCUUACUACAUUGCUGUUGGCUCAACUGUGCUAUGUCAAGUGCCUGCUAACAUCAGGAAUGGAGAAGAGCUUUCUGUGCAGAUCUCCUGGUAUCACAUCAUAGGAGUUGUGCUGUAUAUUUGGGCCUCUCUUCACCAACACAGAUGUCUUGUGAUUCUAGCUAAUCUUAGAAAAAGUAAAUCAGGAAAGGUCGUUAGUCUGAGCCACAGUAUACCUUUUGGAGACUGGUUUGAGAGAAUUUCUUGCCCACAUUAUUUUGCAGAAUUCCUGAUAUAUGUAUCUAUGGCCAUCACACUUGGAUUUCGCAACAUGACAUGGUGGUGUGUAGUGAUGUAUGUUCUUUUUAACCAGGCACUGGCUGCUGUUUUGUGUCACGAGUUCUAUCAGGAGAACUUUAGCUCCUACCCAGAGCAUCGAAAAGCAUUUAUACCGUUUGUGUUUUAGAGUAUUUCUUCUGAAGUGUCUUUAAUACAGAUGUUUUCUAUAAGGAAAUGAGAGAUUCACAUUUUAACAAAGCCAAAGUAAAAGUGCACAUUUUCUCUAAUUCUAGUUUAAAAUCUCAUCAUUUUAAUUAUAAUCUCAUCUGUUACUAAUU